UCUGCCUGCAUUACCUUCCACCGCCUCUGUGUGUCACUGUUUUGCACCGGAGCAUAAAUGUGUUUCUUAACAAAACGUCACAUCCUCCGACCGCUGCUAAAGCAUCUGAGCAGCCAUACAACUUUGUCUCCAUGUUGCGCUUGAUUGCAACAUCCCUGUGCCUCCGUUGUCAACAUGUCCCAGUUUUACCUUCAAACCUCAGGGCAUGUUCGACACUCAGCUCGGUGGAGAAUCAACAGACUGUGGAAGCUCUUUAUGAGCUCUCUGUGAACAUCCAAAAAGUUCGGAAACUUAAAGGAUGGGUGCUACAUCAAAAUCCAGCCUACACUAAGGAGGUAGCUGGGCUGCUGAGAAACAUGGGGGCCUCGGGCCCCAUCAUCGCUCAUAUCUUGGCUGUUCAUCCUGAGGCUGUCCUCUGUAAUCCGGAGCAACUGCAGACCCAGCAGGAGCUGUGGAUGUCUGUCUGUCCGAACCACAGAGAGCUGAUUGGGGUUAUUGAGAAAUUCCCAGCCUCCUUCUUCACUGCAUCCAGCCACCAUGAAAACCAGAGGAAAAACAUUGCUUACUUCCAGAGCCUAAAUCUCAACAAGCGGAUCAUUACCAAACUCAUGGCGAGUGCUCCACAGAGCUUUGGCAGGCCUGUUGAACAGAACCAGUUGAUGGUCUGCACCCUCCAACAGGCCUAUAAGGAACUCGGGGGGGAUGAAGCCAACAUGAAAAUUUGGCUGCAGAAACUGAUGAGUCAGAACCCAUUUGUUCUGCUUAAACCGCCAGAGAUGCUGACACAGAAUCUGGUGUUCCUUAAAAACAGAGGGUUCACCACUUCGGAACUCCUCCGUCUCCUCUCCAAACUGAGGGGUUUUGUCACCGAGCUGAAUCCGGACAGCAUGUGUCGGACCCUGGCUUUCUCCCAGGAAGCCAUCGGCUGCUCUGAUGCAGAGCUGAGGGAGGUCAUCCUUAAUUGUCCAGCUCUGCUUUACUAUCCAGAAUCUACUCUGACUGAGCGCUUUGAGGGACUCUUCAGCGCUGGGAUCAGCAUGUCUCAAAUCAUACAGACUCCAACUGUCCUGGAGCUGACCACGCAGAUUGUAAAUUAUCGCAUCAACCGACUGAAGGCACGCGGUUACGACAUUAGCGCAGGUAGUCUAGACAUCAUAAACGGUACCAAGAAAGACUUCGAGAUGAGCUUUGGUAAACUGCAGCUGCGCAGAGAGAGACCACUAUUUAACCCUGUUGCCCCCUUAAAAGCAGAUGACUGAGCAGAUGUUGGAUUCAUGAAAGUAUGAAUUAAAACUGUUUGUAUAUUGUUCUAAUGCGUAUUUUCAAUUUGGGCCUGCAUCAUAAUACUGAGUCUUAAAUCUCAUGGUGCCUUUGUUUCUGCAGUUACUUUUACAUGAUGGCAAAUCACAAGUCUCCUUAUGUGACAUUUCAAGUUUAAGAUUGAACCUGUGCAAACAAUGAAACUUCUAAUUCAGUUUUGUUUACAAUUAACUAAAGGUGCAACUUAAGUAAUGCAUUUUUUUCCCCCCAUGCUGGUAUGUAAAGUGAACAAAAUCCUAUUAAAAUGUCAUCUGUGA